AUGAUCGGUUCGCGUCGCCACGCUAUCUCUCCCCUCCCCUCCCUUCGCCUUUCCUCUCCCUUCGCCUUUCCUCUCCCUUCGCCUUUCCUCUCCCUUCGCCUUUCCUCUCCCUUCGCCUUUCCUCUCCCGUCGCUUUCCUCUCCCGCCGCCCUUCUUUCUCUCCCGCCGCCCUUCCUUCUCUUCCGUCGCCCUUCUCUCCCGUCGCCUUUCUCUCCCGUUGCCCUUCCUACUCUCCCGUCGCCCUUCCUACUCUUCCGUCGCCCUUCAUACUCUCCCUUCGCCUUUCUCUCCCGUCGCCCUUCCUACUCUCCCGUCGCCCUUCCUCUCUCCCGUCGCCCUUCCUCUCUCCUGUCGCCUAUUCUCUCUCCCGCCGCCCUUCCUUCCUCCCGCCGCCCUUCUUUCUCUCCCGCCGCCCUUCCUUCUCUCCCGUCGCCCUUCUCUCCCGUCGCCUUUCUCUCCCGUUGCCCUUCCUACUCUCCCGUCGCCCUUCCUACUCUUCCGUCGCCCUUCAUACUCUCCCUUCGCCUUUCUCUCCCGUCGCCCUUCCUACUCUCCCGUCGCCCUUCCUCUCUCCCGUCGCCCUUCCUCUCUCCUGUCGCCUAUUCUCUCUCCCGCCGCCCUUCCUUCCUCCCGUCGCCCUUCCUCUCUCCUGUCGCCCUUUCUUUCUCCCGUCUCCUAUCCUCUCUCCUGUCACCCGUCUUCUCUCCCGUCGCCCCUCCCCUCCCGUCUUCCUCUCUUCCGUCGCCCUUCAUCUCUCCCACCCCAUCAUCCACCUCGGCGUCUUCGCGCUCGCCCCGAAAUGCCUGCCCGUCGCCCCGUCGCCCCGUGAUCGUCGGCCCCUCUCGCUUUUCCCUCGCAGCGUUACUCGAGGCUCGUGUGGUCGCUGCAACCCUUGCCCUGGACGACACUGCGAGCAAGUUGGUGUAUGCCAACAAGCGCCACGCAGAGGCUAAUGGCCAUCCUUUUGGCUGGGAGGAGUUCAAAGCUGCCAUGCUGGCGGCAUUCCUGAGUCAGCCCCCGGCGCUCGAGGUGCGUAGCCGCCUGGAGAACAUCCAGUGCGGUGACCAGCCUGUACGCGAGUACGCCAAGGAGUUUGAGAAAACUCUGUCGCUGCUGAAGACUGCUCUUCCUGAGAGCGAGGUCAUCCACCAGUUCUUCAAGGGUCUCCCUGAGCACAUCAAGCGUGUGCAUGUUGUGCGCGGGGAGCACCAGUGGAGGACCUACAAGGAGUGCAAGGAGCAGGUCAUUGACACGGAUGUGAAUUUCCGUGCGUACAUGACUCACGCUCGUGCUCAGCAGCAGCCUAGUGCCGAAGGCCCUAGGGGGGGUGGUAACAGGACUCAGGCACACAGGGGCAGUGGCUCUUGGAAGAGGCCCUAUCAGCAGAAGGGGGAAUCCUCUGGGACUCAGUCCAAGAGGGCCCAUGCUGGGCCUGCCAAGGAUCCUCAGGAUGAGGAUAAGCCCCCGGCAGGCUGCCGCAUCUGUGGCAAGCUCGGGCACAAGUCCUAUCACUGCCGUUGGAGGAAGUCCGUCAAGAACUCCGGCAAGCCCAACCAGGGCAAGAAGCCGGAUGGUUCUGGCCCUUCAGGCCCGAAGGAUUUUCCGAAGUCCAACUAG